GAAGAGCCACUGAAGUUUUUUUAAAGAAAUACGUGACAAGACUGAACAUGCCUGCUCAAACAGAGGGCUUCCCAGAGGCAACUACGGCAUUGGAAAAACCUGAAGGCAAAAGUGCAAAACAUCCAGUACUUGAAAAAAGAUGUCAGCAUGAGGUCAUGAUGAUGGGCAGCGCCCGCGUGGCCGAGCUGCUGCUGCUCCACGGUGCGGACCCCAACUGCGCGGACCCCGCCACCCUCACCCGACCCGUGCACGACGCGGCCCGGGAGGGCUUCCUGGACACGCUGGCGGCGCUGCACCGAGCCGGGGCGCGGCUGGACGUGCGCGACGCCUGGGGCCGCCUGCCCGUGGACCUGGCUGAGGAGCGGGGCCACCGCGACGUCGCCCGCUACCUGCGCGCGGCCGAGGGAGACUGA